ACCAGGCCUUCUUCUACCCCCCAUCCCGCCUCCCCCGACGCCCAGACCACACCAGCACCGCGCCCUCUUCUCCGUAGCCGAGUCCCAGCCCCUCACGCCCGCGCUCCUCGGCGCCCUGUCGAGUCGAGCCCGCUUCUCGGCCGAUCGACAGCGAACGCAGCCCCGCGCCGACGAGAGCUUUGCUUUCGGUUGUGUAUAACGACGACAGCAGGAGGUAGAUAAAAGGCGCGCGAUGUGCGACGCGGCGGUGGCUACUGCAGCGGCGGCGCGGUACAGGGGCGUGCGGAAGCGGCCGUGGGGUCGGUUUGCGGCGGAGAUCCGGGACCCGGCGAAGCGCGCGCGCGUCUGGCUCGGCACCUUCGACUCCGCCGAGGCCGCGGCGCGCGCCUACGACGUGGCCGCGCGCGCCCUGCGCGGCCCGCUCGCCAGGACCAACUUCCCCGCCCACCACCUCCCCGCGCUCACCUCCCGCCCUCCCGCGGCCGUGGCCGCGCCCACGUGCAGCUCCAGCUCCACCGUCGAGUCCUCCAGCGGGCCCCGCACCGGAGUGCCCAGGGCGACGCCAGCGGCGGUGCAUCGCAGGCGUGCUGCUGCGAAGCCGCGGCCCCUGCGGCAGGCCGCGCCCGCCGACGCCGACUGCCACAGCGACUGCGCGUCGUCGGCCUCCGUCGUGGACGAUGGCGACGACGCCUCCACGGUCCGGUCGCUCUCGUGCCCGCGCCCGACGCUCGACCUCAACCUCCCGGCGCCGCUCGACGUCGAUGAUAGCCACGAGCUCGGGCUCUGCACGGAGCUGCGGCUCUGAGCGAUCGGAUCCACGGACGGAGACGAAGCAGGGGAGAGAUAGGCGGUUUUGCUUUGGUCUUCUUUUCUUGACCGGGUUCUGCUUUGACUUGUCGUGCUCGUGAGAGAGCUUGUACCAGUGCUGCCCUGUACUAAUGGCAAUAGAAUUGGAUGAUGAUUCCUGCAACGAAUUCAUUCAGAGGUCAGUCAGAUCGUCGAGAGUGUUAUUUUUUCCAUAUCUCUUGUAUUGGGAUCUGAUAUUGCCAUUCUGUUUGUACUAGAAACAUCUAUCUAAGAGAGAUGUUUACGAAUCAACACGAAUCUUGCCACAAUCUUGAGAUA